CUGGGCAAGGGAGGGUUCGGGCUUGUCUUCCAGGGGAAGUACAAAGGUGCUGACGUGGCAGUCAAGGAACCUCACGACCCCGAGGCACUGCACGAGGAGGAGGCCUUGAAGAAGUCUUUCUUCAGAGAGGCGAAGAACCUCUACCGCCUGUCCCACCGCAACGUGGUAGCGCUGGUGGGGGGCAUCGUGUCGGACGACUGCGGAGAUCCAUGCUACAUGAUGGUGACCGAGCUGCUGCCCCAAAGCCUUCAGAAGGAAAUGGAGAUACUGCAAGAGCUUGAUGGCGAGGAGCGAUGCAAGCGACAAGACAGGCUAAUGAUUGAGCUGGCAGAGGGCCUGGCGUACCUGCACUCUGCCGGAAUCAUUCACAAAGACAUCAAAUCUCAGAAUGUGAUGGUGGAUACAAGUGGAUCUCCCAAGUACAUUGACUUUGGGCUGUGCAAACAAGAGCAGGUAACGACUUCGACGGCCAGCACUCGCCUUGCUGGAACUCUGUACUGGAUGUCGCCUGAAAGGAAACGAGGAGGAGCAGCCUCUGCCAAGUCCGACGUGUACUCACUUGGUCUGCUCCUGGUGUACAUGCUGACCAUGGCGAAGCUUCCAGAGGGUGAAGAA